AAUUGGUUCCCCUUCUAUCCUCUCCGAUUUCAAAUCUCCAACCGAUUCGGCGAUCCCUCCGCAACCGAACAGCAGCAAUGGACGACCGCGACCUCGACUCCGCCGCGCUCUGGGCCGCCAUCGACUCCGCCGCCGCCCGGGCCUCCCGCGUCCUCUGCGCCGCCAGCGGCGACGACCACCGCGGCGAGGUGCUGCAGCCCGCCCGCCCGUUCAAGUCCCCGCGGCUCGCCCUCGCCGUCUCCCACGCCAAGCCGCCGCCGCCCUCUCUGCCCUCGCCCCCGCCUCAUGCCUCGCCCUACGCCACGCCCGACGCGGCGGAGGCCAAGAGCCUGCUCGCGGUCGUAGAGAGUCCGCCCCCUGAGCCCUGGGGGGUUCCCCAGGGGAGCCCCAUCGCCGCCGCCGACGGGUGCUUGCUCCCCUCCCUCUCCGUGGCCAACUUCAGGAAGUACCAGGAGGUUGCCCUCUCGAUUCUAGAGAAAAGCGACUACACCUCUAUCAGUGGGAAUCCAUACAUAAAGAAAUCAGGGUGGAGAAAAAUAUCUUGCUUCUUCAAUAUCUCGUUUGAAAUCAAGGACCACUCCAUUGAGUUUGAUGAAAGCCGCAAUGUCAACCGUGCUGAAUUUCUUGUUCGAGCGUCAAUGAUAGGUGGCAGGUUCUCAGAUGGCUGGGGGUCGUGUGACCGACGAGAGAAAAGGUUUAACAAACCAAACCAUGACAUUCCCAGCACAGCUGAAACCAGAGCUAAGAACAAGGCUUGCCAGGAUCUUCUUGGCAUUGGAAAUAACCGUCCGGGAUGAGACGUGGAAGAACAUUGAUGAAAGUUUUGGUUUAGAUACAAGUAUACAACCUCUUCCAUACUGCUAAACUGAAGACUAAAACGGCGAACCAAAGGUAUUAUCGGCUUCUACAUUUUCCUCCCGGAAUAGAACAUCAAACAUGAGUACAGGAAUCUAAUCACUCGUUCUGGAUGCUAGAGUAAUAUGUAAAUGACGUGUACUGGCUGGUGCAUCCGUUUUUAUGUUGAGGCAGCUUUAUGGCAUUAUCGACUGGAGGCACUUUUGGUCUGUUUGGCUUGCAAGUUCCAGGAUUUGAGAGUCGAGUUUCCUGAAUAAUGUUGGCGGAAUGUGGUGUAGUGGAAUAUGUCGGUAGUGCUAGUAUGAUGAUGAUUUGGCGUGUAGUCCAAAAAUAUGUGUGCUGUACCCAAAAAUCAAUCAAGGGAGUAUAUUUUUAACGUACUAACAAACCUAACGUCAUCACUGUACUGCUGUUCUUUCUUUGUAACUAAUCAGUUCUGUUGUAUGUCCUUUGUCUAUUAACCUGACGUCGGUAUGGUGGUUACUAGCCCAAUGCAAACUGUUGAAUGCAUCAGGACUGAAUUAUCUGAAUUUAGUUAUGG